AACAUCGAAUGUGCUCCCGGAAGGGAACCCCUCCCUAAACUUAUAUUCAUUGCUUAUCUUUAGUUUCAUAGAUUAUUGACUUUGCAUUUGUGAUUUCUGCGUUCCUGUACUAUAGUUGUGUUUUCGUUGUUGCAAAGCGUUAAUACGAUAUUUUGAUUGUUGAAGUUGAAAAUUAUUAUAAUUUUUGAACGUUGUGCUUCGUUGGGUCGUUAUCUAGUAUCUGAAAGUUAACUCUUCAAGUGAUUGAUAUAGGCUGCAGAUUCAAACAUCAUGUCAGAGGAAGAUGUGAAUUUUCGUCAAGGGUUCAACGCCAUAGAACGUGAUUUUUUUGCUCCAGAUGAAUUGCCAGAUUCGACGUUAAAUUAUUCCUCAACUCGUCAAAUAAAGAAACUGGAUGGAAAUUCUUGUAAUGAAAUGGAAACUGCUCAUAUCGAUUUAGAAGAUAAAAACUCAUACGUCCAUGUCCAACUCAUUCCAAGUUUAGAAGACAUGGCUACUCUUGCGGCAACUUUAGAAACGUUGAAUAAUCAUUAUUACCACUCUCAGGAGAGACCCCUAUUCUGCGACUUUCUAAGAAUUACGGACACAGUAAUCGAUGAUUUGAUGGUACCGAACUGCAUCAAGGAAAAAAUGAAAGCACUUUGUGCGAAGAUGGAAAAAGAAGAGUAUUUUCUUAGAUAUGCUGAUGUCAAGGAGAGUCACAGGCCUAAUAUCCUGAGAUUGCGCAGUGUAUACGAUAAUGAUUCGUAUUUUCAUUUCUACGGACUGGUUUGGGACGUGAAUGGUCACAUUGACCACAAAAAAACUAUAGAGAAAGCUUUAUCGCGUUCAAGCCAUUUGAAUGAUGGCGAUCUCAUAUUCGAAAUAAUAACCGCAUACUGUUUAGAGAAUCAUAUAAUGGAUUUUCCUCUGGAUUCUUUGAGUGAAGAGUUCAUCAGAACUGUGGAAAAGGAAAAAAAUUUUUCUUCCAAACAUGAAUUAAUUUAUUACUGGAUGGAAUUUAAAAGAAGGAAUAAUCUUGAAAGGUACGAUGCAAGCUAUGAAUCUGCUUUGACUACCGUGCUUGAUACGAUGAAAUGGGAUGCUGACGAAUUCCAAUGGUCUGCGUACGAAUACUUCUGGGAAUCUUUCGAUGACGACGAUCAAGUGGAAUUGACUAAGAAUUUAAUUCAAAACUGUGGUUAUAAAAAAUAUCAGAAGAUUUUAUUCUCAAAAUUGAAUAAAAAUCAGCUCAAUCGAUUGUAUUCUGGAGGACCUCUUACCAUUAUCGCCAACUUUUUGUCUUUGGGAGAAUUCGAUCUAGCGAAGGCGACUUGGGAUCGUAUCAAGUUGACCAUCGCAUGUGAGAAAUACGAACUUCUAUUUGAACACAUCUGGAAGAAUCGAAAAUCCGAUGAAGAAGGAUGUGUGCAAUUUUUAAUUUAUUUAUGGAACACCGCACCUACGAACUUAAUCGAGUACAUGAUCGAGAUGGAAAAUUAUUGUCAAAUUACGGACACGUUUUUGCAAGGUAACCCAAUGCUUGAAAGUUCCAGUGGUUGUGAAUUUCUGAAAGCUGUUUUAUCUCGAACGACGCCCGAAUUCAAACUGGAAUUUUUGCUACAAGCUGGACCAUGCUUAGCACUGAAUCAUCCGGAAGUGUUCAUUUCAUUGACUAAUCAUUGUUUGAACGAAACUGAACGUGUAGCAGUCAGGGAAAGUUCACGUAUUGAAGCAAUGGAGUCGAAUCCACCAGCUGGAAUUAUGGACAGCGACAGCGAAUGCGACGAGUCAGAUGAUGAAUGGUACUCACCCGAGUAUGAUGAUGUGUUUCAGGAGUUUCGCUAUGGAAUGGAAAUCCAUCAUAACAUGACCGAAGAGUCUGAUAGUACGACUGAUUCUGAUUAAUUUAUAGAAUAUAUGUUAUGUAUAUUACUCUUACGUUUUGUACCCACAUUUAAAAUACAAUGUGAUAGAGUCCAG